AUGGUUAACUCACAAGAGGACUACAUCAGCGUUACCGUACUCUUCGUUGUGAAUCUUCUUAAUUAUGUGGAUAGAUACACUGUGGCUGGUGUUCUUACUGCUGUUCAGACCUAUUAUAACAUAUCUGACAGUUUGGGAGGUCUAAUUCAAACUGUUUUCCUCAUUUCUUUCAUGGUUUUCUCCCCGAUUUGUGGAUAUCUUGGGGACCGAUUCAAUCGAAAAUGGAUCAUGAUUAUUGGAGUCGGAAUUUGGCUGGGUGCAGUGUUGGGAUCCAGUUUUGUCCCGGCAAAUCAUUUCUGGUUGUUUUUAGUUUUGAGAAGUUUUGUUGGAAUCGGAGAAGCAUCGUAUUCCAAUGUUGCUCCUUCUCUCAUUUCUGAUAUGUUCAAUGGACAAAAGAGGAGUACUGUAUUUAUGAUCUUCUAUUUCGCAAUUCCAGUCGGAAGUGGUCUCGGAUUCAUCGUUGGAUCAAACGUUGCCACAUUAACUGGACAUUGGCAAUGGGGAAUUCGAGUGUCGGCAAUCGCUGGAUUCAUUGUGAUGAUUGCUUUGGUUCUUUUUACUUAUGAACCGGAAAGAGGAGCAGCGGAUAGAGCAAAUGGUGAUGCCAAAGAUACUGUAGUCGCUACCAACACCACGUACCUCGAAGAUCUUGUCAUUCUUCUCAAAACCCCAACUCUCGUUGCUUGUACUUGGGGAUACACUGCUCUUGUUUUUGUAUCAGGAACUCUUUCUUGGUGGGAGCCUACCGUAAUCCAGCAUUUAACUGCUUGGCACCAAGGACUCAAUGAUACAAAAGAACUACCAACAACUGAUAAAGACAGAGUUGCACUCUAUUUCGGAGCAAUCACAACAGCCGGAGGACUUAUUGGAGUUAUAUUCGGAUCGAUGCUCUCGAAAUGGCUAGUUGCCGGAUGGGGACCAUUCAAAAGAUUCCAAACGGAAAGAGCUCCACCAUUGGUUUCUGGAGGAGGUGCUCUUUUGGCUGCUCCACUUCUCCUAAUUGGAAUGAUUUUCGGAGAGAUGAGCUUGGUGCUUUUGUAUGUUAUGAUCUUCUUCGGGCUCACAUUCCUUUGCUUCAAUUGGGGACUCAAUAUUGAUAUGCUGACGACUGUAAUUCAUCCAAAUCGCCGUAGUACUGCAUUUUCCUAUUUCGUCCUGGUUUCCCAUCUGUUCGGAGAUGCAUCUGGACCUUAUCUGAUUGGUUUGAUCUCGGAUUUGAUUCGUCAUGGAUCCACACUACCAAAAGACCAAUAUCACUCUCUGGUCACUGCCACUUAUUGUUGUGUAGCUCUUCUUUUGAUUUCUGCUGGUCUCUAUUUUGUUUCAUCUCUAACUCUCGUCAGUGAUAGAAGGAAGUUCAGAAUGGAAAUGGGUCUGGAUGAUUUACAAUCCAAACCAAUUCGAACAUCGACUGACAGUUUGGAAAGGAUCGGCGCAAACGAUGAAGUUAUGUCUUCCAGACUAUAA